AUGCGAUGGCCACCUCGCUCGCCUCUGGCGCUCCUCUUCGUCUCUCUGGCUACGCCUCGGGCCGCGCUGGUCCCCGCAGUUCUCGCUGCGGCUGCGCCGGACUUUAGCCUAGCGACGUCUGUCAACGCAAAAACAAUGACGCGGCUCACGCUCGGCGAUUGCUUUGAGAUUCGGCAGGUGCUGCUGCUGGCGGCGCAGCAGCCGAGCCCGGACGGGCACGAAUACAAGACUUGGGACGAGAUGAUGGACGACGUCUCCAUCAAGGAGCACCCCCGCUUUUCCCAGGACAAGCAGAAUGCCGCGAGCUCUGAGGACCGGGCGGCGAGGAGAUGGUUCGACGAGCACUUCAACCGGCAGCUCGAGCGGGCUAUCGAGGCGGACAUGCCGCGUUUUUACGCCGUCACCCACGACGCGCCCACGCCCUCCGGCCCGAUGACGCUCCUCUCGCUCCGCGCCGCCUUUCUCUCCAGAGAGCACUCGGAGGAGUCGUUCCUCUGGGUGCCCGGCAUGCGCGAGUGGGCCCGCGCGCAUCAUUGCAUGCCCGCGCUCACCUCCAUGUUCACGCGCUACCGCGACUCGGGCAAGUGGACCGGCAAGGCAAAGUACUCGGACGUGCAAAGAGCCAAGGGGAUGGCCGACAUCGGCGCGAUCGUGCUGGAAGGGUGCGACUCGCUCAUCUUCGUGCAGCCGCGCGUCGGGGCGGUCAUCGACGAGGUCAAGGGGACAGCGCCGAACGGGAGGGUGCUGUACGGGCCCCGCCCGGGCGACAACACGAACCUGUUUGAGGUCUUCCACUCGCCUCGCGGCGACUCCGGCAUCGGCCUCACAGCGCCGCUCGUGCCGGCGCUGGCGCGGGAGAGGCCAACGCCCGAGGAGGCCGACGUCCAAUUCGAGGUCAACGGAGACGGGACGUGGCGACGCACGCAGGCCAUCCACGAAAAGGGCGCAUGGAAAGCCUUCAACGAGAAGGUGCAGAGGGGCGGGGAGAGGGGCGAGGCGGGCGGUCAGGCGGGCGGCCUCGGGCUCAGGGAGUACAUGCACACUCGGGCCGACGCCAUGAGCUCGCAGCGCGUCGAGAUCGGCAGGGCUGUGGGCCAUAGUGGAGGCGCCAACCCGGACCCGCAUCCAGCCCCCGCCGAGCAGCCGUGGCUGCCGCCGCUGCCGCUGCCACCCCGCCCGCCGGGCUCGCCGGCGGCGAGGGCGCCGCCGCCGCCAAGAGCGCCGCCGCCGCUGAGCACGCCGGGAGGAAAGCGGCCGCCUAGGCUGAAGGCGGGGCCUGGCGAGCCCGCUCCGAGGCAAACAGAAAGCGCGGCCGCGUCUGGCAUCGAGGGGCCGGAGAAGGAGGGCGGGGGCGGCGCGGCGCCGCCAAGGCUGACCGGCGCGGACCGGCGGGAGAGGGUCCUCUUCUACGUCGGCAGCGAGGCGGAGGGCGCGGCGUGGGACCCGCUCGACGCAGGCGCGCUCUUUGACGAGCGGACGCAGGUGGCGGAGUCGGCGCGCGCGGUGGCGGCGCUCGGGUACGCGGUGGUCGUUGCUGGGCCGAUGGUCGCGUCGGCGGAGGGGACGGCGGCGGACGGGGUUCAGUACGUACACGCGGAGUGGCUCGUCCUCACCUCUCCGCCGCGCAGGCCCGGCACGCCCGCCUCGCCCGGCAGGGUCCCGCCGUGGGUUGACGGCAUCGCGCCCGGCGAGGCGCUCUUCGACCACGUGGCGAUUGCGCUCUUCGACCACGUGGUGAUUGUGCGGCUGCUCGGGCAGUUUGCAGCGCGCCUCCCCCUCCUCGCCCGCGUGGGCGUCUACCUCUGGGUCGCCGAGAGGGAGGCCGAGUCGCUCGGCCUGCCCGCGCCGCCCGCCAGCGCCGACGACGCGCCCUCUGCCGGCGAGGGCGACCAGGGGAGAGCGACGCCGGCGCCCGAGGCACGGCUGUCGAUGCCUCUGCUCGCGAACCUGGCGGGGAGGCUCGCGCGGCUGGUCGUGCCGUCGACCGCGCACAAGCGAGUGCUCGAGGCGAGGCUGAGGCCGCUGUCGCUGCCGCCGACGCGCGGCCCGCCGCGCUCUCGCGUGGCCGUGGCCCGCCGCGCUCUCGCGUGGCCGUGGUGCGGCCUCUGGCCGACGGCGCGCGGCUUCACGACGGCGGGCGGCAAGUGGGGCCUCACACUGUCAAAGCCGGAGGCGGUCGUCUUUACGCGGCUCGAGGAGGCGCCGUGGGGCCGCUACGCCGGGCUGCUGCACCGGCGCUCCCUGACGGAGGAGCCGCUGCGCGCGCGCGGCGUGAACGGCGUCUCUUCACACCUGAAGCUGCGUCACGUGCUCCGCUGUACUCGGCUGUACUCGGCCGUCCUCAGCCGGGACCAAUACGCCGCGCUGCACGACGGAUCGCCCGGCAGGCCGCCGCUGCCCGUGCGCGCCACGAAGCUGCCUCCGCCGUCGCCGCCGCCGGCGCGCGGCACAGAAAGCUGCUACUCGUUCGGCGACUUUCGGCGACAGCACCAGCUGUACGCGGGGCUGCUGGUGCUCGGCGGCUGGCUGGCGGGCUCGGUCUGGAUCCUCCUCGCCACGUGGCGGCAGAAGGGGACGGCCGCACCGCCGCACCGCGAGCGCGAGCACGGCUCCAGCUCGCGCAAGCACAAGGCGGCGCACGCGGGGCGAGGACGCAUGGCUGAGCCCUUGCUCAUCGCGUGCAAGCAGGGUUCCACCGUCUCGGUGAACCUGCAGGUGCCAGCCGGCACCAAGGCGAGCGGCCUGCAGCAGCUGCUGGCCGCGGCCAAUGGCGUUGACGUCUCGAAUGACGUCACAAUCAAGGUGAAGACCGGGACGGGCAGUCUUUCCUGCUUCAAGAACCUCGGCCAACUUCUCGCGCGCGACGACCCGACGGUGGCCGCACACUGGCAGAUUGAGAUUCAGGAGCAGAAGACCGUCGAGGAGCUACCGGCCAAGACGCCGGUCUCCAUCUUCAGCUAG